UGAUUGGAGGAAAGUUUGGCAAUCACGUGACCUCGUAACGCCCAGUCAUGUGAGUCGCCAAGUGGUCACGUGACAUGCUGCCUGCUUUUCUUCUGCUUCCGGAAAAGAACCGCAGACUUCGACACAAGCAGAUGGCGGCGGCGCUGUUGUACUUUCUGUUGGCGGGAACGGCGGCGGCCGCGCCGGCCGACAACGAAGUCGUCAGCCUUCCCGGGUUGCCCAAGCAGCCCGGCUUCAGGCACUACUCGGGAUACUUGAACGUGGAGGACGGGAAGCAUCUGCACUACUGGUUUGCCGAGUCUCAGAAUUCUCCGGCGUCCGACCCGGUGGUGCUGUGGCUCAACGGCGGGCCCGGGUGCAGCUCGCUGCACGGACUGUUGACGGAGCACGGACCCUUCCUGGUGGAGGACGACGGCGUCGCGCUGAGAGAAAACCAAAACUCCUGGAACAAGAUCGCAAACAUGCUGUACCUGGAGUCCCCAGCAGGGGUGGGCUUCUCCUACUCUGACGACGGCGCCUACGCCACCAACGACUCCGAGGUGUCCAUGCUCAACUACCUGGCCCUAAAGGAGUUCUUCCGGCUUUUCCCGGAGCUGAGCGCCAACCAGCUUUUCCUGAUGGGAGAAAGCUACGGCGGGAUUUACGUGCCCACGCUGGCCGAGAGGGUGAUGGAGGACGACGCCCUCAACCUGCAGGGCGUGGCGGUGGGCAACGGGAUGUCCAGCUACGAGCUGAACGACAACUCCCUGGUGUACUUCGCGUACUACCACGGCCUGCUGGGGAGCCGCCUGUGGAGCCGCCUGCAGAAGUCGUGCUGCCGCGACGUCCGCUGCGACUUCCACCGAAACCCCGACGUCGACUGCUCCGCCGCCCUGGCCGACGUCCAGGACGUCGUCUACGGCUCGGGACUCAACGUGUACAACCUGUACGCGCCGUGUCCGGGCGGCGCCCCCCGCAGGUCCAGCGUGGAGCGAGGUCAGCUGGUGCUGCGAGACCUGGGCAACUUCUUCAUCCAUCACGAGCGGACCAAGAUGUGGAAGAAGAAGCUCCGAGGCCUGGCGGGACGCGAGACCCCCGUGCGCCUGGAGCCGCCCUGCACCAACUCCACGGCCGCCGCCCGCUUCCUGAACGACCCGCACGUGCGAAGCGCCCUGAACAUCGACGCCCGGGCGCCCGACUGGACCGUCUGCAGUGCCGAGGUGCACCUCAACUACGGCCGGCUCUAUCCGGACGUCAGGAAGCAGUACCUCAAGCUUCUGGCCGCGCUGAAGUACCGCGUGCUGGUGUACAACGGCGACGUGGACAUGGCUUGUAACUUCAUGGGCGACGAGUGGUUCGUGGAGUCCUUGAACCAGCAGGUGCAGGUGAGUCGGCGUCCGUGGGUGUACGAGAACGAGGGCGGGCGGCAGGUGGGCGGCUUCGUCAAGGAGUUCACCAACUUGGCCUUCCUCACCGUCAAGGUAAACUCAGGCCGAUCGGCGCGACGAUGUCGCCUCCCGCGGGUGAACUCUGACCUCCGCCCCCGCAGGGUUCGGGUCACAUGGUGCCGACGGACAAACCUCUGGCGGCGUUCGCCGUCUUCUCCAGAUUCAUCAGUAAGCGACCCUUCUGACCUCGGCGAUUGGCUCCCCGCUACCACGGUGACGAGCACCGACCGCCCGAUCGAACGACGCGUUGCUGCUGAUUUUUUAUUUUUUUAUUUUUUUAAAGGAAAUGCACAAAUUAAAAGCUUGGUGACAAAUGUUUGAAGUGUUUUUCCAUUU